AUGGUGAACCUGCGCCCAAUAUCGGCGCCACUGCACGAGAAGGCAAAGCGCGAACUGAACGAGAAACCCGAACGGAUCGAUGAAGAUCUAGCUGCACUACGGCAAUGGUUGGCCCGGACACCGCACAUCCGCGCACGGAUAGACGACCAGUUUCUGGUGACGUUUCUGCGCGGCUGCAAGUACAGUCUCGAGCGGGCCAAGGAGAAAAUCGACAUGUUCUACAGUGUGCGCACGGCCAUCCCGGAGCUGAUGCGCAACCGUGACCCGGACAAGGCCCGGACGCGGGAGAUUGUGCGGCUCGGCAUUGGGUUGCCGCUACCGUUGACCGACGGUCCCGAUGCACCGCGCAUCAUGCUGAUCCGGCCGGGUGUGUACAAUCCGAAAGAGUACACGGCCGAGGAGGUGAUUAAAGUGAGCACCAUGAUCAACGACAUUCUGAUGCUGGAGGACGACAAUAUGGUGAUCGCCGGUCAGGUUGGCAUUCUCGAUCUGGCAAACGUGACUAGUGCCCACUUCCUGCAGUUUACACCGACGUUUGUGAAAAAGAUGACCAUGAUGAGCCAGGAAGGUUCGCCACUGCGCCAGAAGGGGUUCCAUUACAUCAACACACCGACCGGAUUCGAGACCGUUUUCAACAUGUUCAAAUCAUUCAUGAGCGAAAAGAACCGAUCGCGGCUGUACGUACACGGCAGCAAUCUGGAAAAGCUGUACCAACACAUACCGAAGCGCCUGCUACCGAAGGAGUACGGUGGGGAAAGCAGCUCGCUGCAGGAGAUUACGUCCAUCUGGGAGAAAAAGAUCCUGUCCUAUCGGGAGUACUUCCUGGAGGAGGACCAGUACGGGACGGACGAGCGGAAACGCGUUGGCAAGGCUAAAACGGCCGAAUCACUGUUCGGCAUGGAGGGUUCGUUCCGCAAGCUGGAGGUGGACUAA